UGAGUCGGCGUCGGCGGCGGCACCGAGACCGGGAGCGGGGAUGGCGGUGGCCGCCUCUGGGAACGGGCAGCGCAAAGCCUCGGCCCUGGUGGUAGUCGGAGAGGCCGGGAGGCCCGAGCUGUUGUCGGAUGUGAUCGCACAGAUUCGGCAAGGGAUCCUCUCCUGGGACAUCGAUGCUGCUGCCUACAGCCUGGAUGAACAGCUCAAGCUUUUUGUGUCCAGACAUUCUGCAACAUUUCCCACAGAAGCAAAAGAUCAAAAGAUUCUCCAUCACAGCGGUGAGGCAUUGGAAACAUUGGUGCUGAUAAACCCUUCCAGUGAGUCUCUGUGUGCUGAGGUCCGGAUUCUGAUCGCUGCACCAUCAAGACACAAGCUCCUGGUGUUGGCUGGGCCAUACCUGGAGGAAUCUGGUGACCUCCUCUUGCAGAAAAGAUCCUUCACACUCCAGGAUUUCAUCCAGAUCUUCACAGAUAAGGAGAUUGGAGAACUGUUGAGCUUCACACCUCCUGCUGACAAGGCCAGCCUUACUCUGGCCUGCCCUGACUUGGGAGAAUGGAAGAAAUCGAGCCUGGAGAAGCACAGUCUCCAGGAGUUCAUCGAGAUCAGGCUGAACCCUCCAGUCACACUGCCAGAGAUGGAAGGGCUGCAGGAAUUCCUGGAGUAUCUCUCUGAGACCAUGGAGGCACCCUCCCCCUUUGACCUACUGGAGCCCCCGGCCACCGUGGGCUUCCUAAAGCUCUCCAAACCCUGCUGCUACAUCUUUCCCGGAGGCCGAGGGGACUCGGCUUUCUUUGCAGUCAAUGGCUUCAAUAUUCUGGUGGACGGAGGAUCAGAUCAGAAAUCCUCAUUUUGGAAAUUGGUUCGCCACCUCGACAGGAUUGACGCUGUCCUGUUAACUCACAUUGGGACCGACAACCUGCCUGGUAUCAACAGUCUGCUGCACAGGAAGCUGGCAGAGCUGGAUGAUGACCAGUCUCUAGGCUCUGAAUUGAACAAUGACUGGACGAAGCAUCUUAUUUCUCCUGAGAUUGGAGUCAUGUUUCUCAACGCACCCAAGAAGCUACAACAUGUUGAGAGAAACAAUGUGAGGAGAAGCAUUGAUGAGGUUAGUGUGACGCUUCAGUAUUUGGACCUGUUGCAUAUUAACCCAGUGCCACUCUAUAGAAUUGUUGGCAAUUCUUUAGAACCUCUAAUUCUCUUUCAAAAGAUGGGAGUUGGACGACUGGAGAUGUAUGUCCUGAAUCCAAUUGAAGGGAGUAAGGACCUGAGCUACUUGAUGCAACAGUGGGCAGGCAAUGGUUGUCCAAAAGGAGGGAAUGUUCCGCUUCAAUGCCAGGUUUCCAUUUGUGUCCUCAUUGUUUGGCACCCAGCAAGUCGGGUCGAAAAGAUAAUUCGGGUGCUGUUUCCUGGUUGCACUCCUCAGAACAAGAUUCUGGAGGGACUGGAAAAGGUGAAGCACCUGGAUUUCCUGAAGCAGCCUUUGGCCACCCAGAGCGAGCUGGAGUCUCGGCAGAAAGACAAAGGCCCAAAGCCCAAACGGGCCGAAAGUCGGGAGAGUCUCCACAGCCUCAGCAAGGGGUCGAGUGGUAAGGGAGGUCGUGACCCAGAGGCUGGCCUGGUCGGAUCGCGGCUGGGGUCUGCCAAACCCCGGGUAGAGAGGAAGGACAAGUCUGGGAAAACUAAAGCUGACACAGCAACCUCCAGUGAGGGAGCAAAAGAAUCUCGCCCCAAUAUGUCAGCAGAGCCGAAGGCUAGAGAGCAAGGUGGGGACAAACUGAAAACCACCACCCAACUGAAACCAUCCAAGGAAAAACUACAAAAGAAAGAGGCCAAGCCAAUGAAACUGGAAGAGAAUAAGGAUGUGAAAGUCUCUAAAAGAGAAGAAAGAAAGGAUUCAGAGGAAAAGAAGCUGGUGAGAAAAGAGAUAUCAAAACAAGUUAAAAAGAUGGAGCCUAAAAAAGACGAAAAGACAGGAGCCAAGGCCCCCGUGAAAAAAAUGUCCUCCAUUUCUUCUGACAGCAGAAAGUCUUCAGCAAAAAGCAAUAUGCCAAGCAAAGAGACCAAAAAAGAUCUACAUACUUCUGCAAAAGGGUCUCUCAAAACCAAACCAAAGCUUCAGAAUAAGGAGACUGCAGCAGAUUGCAAACAGGCUGCAGGCAGCAUAUCCCUCACCGAGAAGGGUCCCGAGCUGUCUACUUCCAAGAUGUCCACUCCUGAGGAUGUGACAGCCGAUUUUGAACAUCUCGAACCAGCUGAGCAAGAGGUACAGGCACGAGGUGCAGAGACUGGGUCAGAAGGGAAUGAAGGGAAGGUGGUCAUACCAGACGAAACCUCACCUGAUGAGGGCUUCACUACGAUGGAGAAUGAAAGUGAGCUGGAGUCUUCUCCCCAAGAUGAUGGCCAGCUUGUCGACACUACCAUCCCUGAAAGGGAGGACCCAGUCGUCUUGGAGUUCGAGCCACACGAUGGGGGCAAGAGUACAGAAGAGAAACAGGAAGCCAGAGGUGACGCAGAGGCUGAAUCUCAUCAAGGUAUGAUUAGAAUUAAUCAUAUUAAUGGUCUGAUCUGUGAUACUGAAAAUGAAGAUGGUUUUGAGAUGGAAAGUCCUGAUAAAUUCAGAUAUCUUGAUGAAAAGUUAAGCCCUAGUAGGAACAUGGCAGCCCUUUCACCUCUUCCUAAAACCCCACGGAGUGAUCGUAGUGUUAACUUUGACCUAACACCAACUGAGCUUGGGCCACUAGAGGAAAUUAAAGGGCAGAUGUCGGUCAACAACCAGGAGACUCUGGAGGACCAGUGUGCAAGCUCUGAGGAGAAGACCUUGGAGAUGGUCUCUCCUCCAGGAUCAGGCCCUGCCAGUGCUGGCCAUACCCCAUUCCAUCAAUCACCCAUUGAUGAGAUCAUUCCCAGAGGUGAAGAUGGCUUAAUUGAGAGAGUUUCCAGCCUUCUCAAUGAGGAGACCCAGUUGAACAAUGCUUGUAAUAAGCUUUUAGAUGGAGGACCCCAGUCAAAUGCACGACUACCUUUUGAAAACACCAGUGCUCCACUGGACAGACAUACUGGCUUCCUGACCUUAAGUCCAUUCAAGGAAGUAGUCCCUGAUGUUUCGCUGACUCUGACCACCCCCUCAUUGCCAGCUGAGGUUGGUUCUCCUCAUUCCACAGAAGUCGAUGAGUCUCUGUCAGUCUCCUUUGAACAAGUUCUGCCACCUGUGAGUGAAGCUCUGGCCUCUCCAAGAGAGCAUAACCAGAGGGGACCUUUCAAUGGUCUUUCUCCUGAACAUGAAACCUUCUCAGCAAAGGGCGACCCUCCUGGCAUGAGCUUGCCCUUGAAAUCGUUGCAAGAUCCAUUCCGGGCUCCACAGGUGCCAUUGGGCAGUGCCUUGGAUGGUGAUGGUGUGUUAACUCGCGGCGAUGGAAUUGAUGGGCAUUUGCCACGUGUGAUGGCUCUGCCCUCCGAGUCUCCUCAUGAUGUUGACUUGUGCCUCGUAUCACCCUGUGAAUUUAAGCACCCAAAGACUGAACUCUCACCCUCCAUCAACCCCAGCCCACGGGAGUUAUCAGACGAAAGUGACCUUUCCCAGGAAUUUGCCAAGCCGGUUGGCCAAAGGAGAGGUCACAGGUCUCCCUCCAGUCGAAAGGCAGCACUGGAUGAAAGGACCCCAACCUCUGCCAGUGAGUCCCUUCCAACCCUUUCAGGUUCUGAUGCCCAGCCUGGGACUGAGGACUGCCCGUCCAUCACUGCAGAUGGUGGCAUUGACUCUGAGGAAGAAUCUGAGAUCCUUCCUGCCGACAGGUCUCAUUCUCCUGUGUCUUCAAGACCAUGUGACCCUCUGCCUGCCCCGAUGAAAGACCCUCACCCACCCCCACCCCAACCUGGUAUCUGUAUGGUAGACCCUGAAGUACUGACACACAACUCUACCAAAGAUGCCAGAGAGAGGACGAAAGGCAAAAAAUUGGGUUCAAAGCCGACUUUGGGCUCUGCAGCAAGGAAAACUGAAAACACUAAACAAUCGACUCUCUCCAAACCAAAAGGUCACCAACUGACGCCCAAAGAGUUGGAUAAGAUGGCCACAGGCAGUAAGAACAAUGAACCAGCGAAGGUUUUCAGAGUAAGUUCCAACCAGUCAAUAAAUUCGGAGGAGAAGAAGGGAAAGUAUCUUCAAACUACAAGUUCCAAACCGCCUCGCAACGUGGUGACAGGUGCAGUGAGCAAGGCUCCUUCUGUGGGAUCCCCUGUUUAUGUUGAUCUCGCCUACAUUCCCAACAACCAUAGUGCUAGAACAAUCGACGCAGACUUUUUUAAACGGCUGAGAUCUUCAAUCUACGUCAUAAGUGGAGAUGAUCCCCAGAAGGAGAGGGCGAUGAGGAACAUUCUGGACUCUCUCCUGGAAGGCAAAGCCGUGUGGGGGGAUAAUAUCCAGGUCACCAUAAUCCCAACCUUUGAAUCUCCGAUCAUGCACGAGUGGUACCAGGAGACCCAUGAGAGGCAGCAGUCACUGAACAUCACAGUGCUGGGGAGCAACAGCACUGUUGUCAUGCAAGAAGAGACCUUUCCAGCCUGCAAAGUGGAAUUCUGAUCAGGCGUUUGUUCACCAAACAGAACUUUUUUUAAGCGCUUUUGUUGUGCGCAGGGAGUUGUAACCCUUUUUUUUGGAUUAAUCCCACCCUCUAAUAGGCAAAAAUAUUGAUCCUUCUCUGGAGUGUUUCUGGUGAUGUAUCAAGUAAUGCACAUUGACCCCCCCCCCCUCCAAAUUUCUUACAUUUCAUGUGAUGCUUCAAACGUUGCACGACCAUCUCAGGCCCAAGAUCCCUGCGAGCACCAGUGAACUGGGUGAAGGGCUGAGCUGUGACAAUGGGGGAGGGCAAGAGCCUGCUGGGACCAAGAGGUUAGAAUGGUAUCUGGUGGCCACCAAAUACUUUUGGAAUGAGGGCUACUUGUUUUCCUUUUGUAUGCAAAUAGAUGACAGGGUUUUUAGUCUUGUUCACUGUGCAAAUCACUUGGCAUAAAGGAGAGCACUCACUGACUGCUCUGGAGCUGGCUUGGUUCUCCCCAUGGUCUCUAGAGUGACAGCUUGGCUCGUGAGCUUUUUAAUUCCAGCCUGUGCUUGUGGCUGUUCUAUUGCCAAUUGUAACAGUGAGCGAAGUCUCUGGUGUAGGGUGGGUUUUCUCGUGACCAGUCACAGUUUCAAUUAGUUACAGAGGGCGUAAAUAAACUCCUCCACUAGGUGCCCAGGCCCUUUUCAGUAGGAACGUUGGAGCUAACAUUCACACUGAUCCCACACUGUUCUCACUAGAAGUCUAACCUCCUGGGUUAUGGGCUCCAUCAGCGCUGACUUGCUGCUGGCAUUUGAACCAAAUGAUCCAUCCUUCAUGCAAGUCUAAUGAUGUGUCAGCAGGUGAAUUGACCUGGAUGACUCAGUAAUUAGGCUGGUUUACACUCCUGUCCAGUUAUCUCCUGGACUGGACCUUGUAAACUAUCCCAGUGAUAGACUCAUCUCUGUCAGGCCUUGAUUUAGACCUGACUGACAAAUUAAACUCAACGCUGGCUGCAUUCAUAAAUGAGUAAGGGCCAAGCUGCUUUGAUUAUCAUUGAUUUUCUCAGCCAUUUUCCAUUUCCAGGAAGGAUGGUGACUGAAGGCAAUAGCAUGGGGAAAAUCUUGUAUCGCCUGGUUCUGGUUUAGUUGUGCAACUAUAAACAUCCUACCCUGGUUGUGCAUAUCUUUGAUGUCAAGUUUCUCUUUGAUCCAAUGUUAAACACUCACCAAUGCACCCAAAGACACAAAACCAAUCAGCUGAGAUCAGCCACAGACCGUGGUCUUAUCCAGUAGAAGUUCAUGAGUCUUUGGUUGAAACCAGGGUUGAAGAGGAAAGUUACGAUGGGAGUUCCUUGUUGCCCAGCAGAUUGAGUCAGCAUUUUUGGGUACCUGUAUACCACAUCGCUUUCAGAGUGAAGAAAAACAAUUUACCCUGUUAAAUCACUGCUUCAAGAACGUUCCACUAUAAACAGGAGGAGCUCUGAUACCUCAGUAUAAAAUAUAUUCUGCAUGUUAAUCAACUUCGAUUGUAUUGUGGGUGAGGGUAAUAUUUUUAUUUAUUUGUGGGAUGUGAGCAUUGCUCACCCAGCCAACAUUUAUUGCUCAUCCCUAAUUGCCCCUGAGGAGGUAGUGAUGAUCUGAGCGAAGGUGGAUGGUAUUUUGUUCUCUCCCUCCUGAAUAAUAGCUGAAGACUAUCACUUUGCAAACUGCAACAAAGUGGGAGUGGAGGAGAUGAUAUUGAUUUUAAAUUUGAGUCAGACUUGAUAACAAACAUCACCUAAAUUAUCUUGGACUCAAACCCAUCAUCAAUAUGAUAGGAAGCACAGGAGAGAAUUGAAGUAAUGACAGUUUGUGUGGUCCUAGUUUUCAACUGUGAAACACAUGACUUCUGUUCCUUCCACACCAGUCACCUUUCCCCAUGUGACAGGGCUGCUGUGACCUGCAAAUGACUCUAACGUCAAGUUGAUACUACCAUUGGCAGACAAUUGAAUUACUGCUUUGGUGAAUUGUUCUUAUCAGUAAGAGUUUUGUUUCCCAGUCAUUCACGGUGACAUGAGAAUGCAAACAGUUUAUGGCCUGGUAAAGCUUCGUUCAGUGUGGUGAUCUCAGCUGUGAGACAUCGCUUAUCUGGAAAGGGUAGGUAGUCUGGAUGCAGAAUACAGUGUCUUCAUGUUGACUUCUUGACAGAGGGCCUUCCCAUUGCUGGAUGGAGAUGAUAUCACCGGCCCAAUGUCUCCAUCAGUCUAAUCCUGGUAAUGGCAGCUUGGCCAUUUUAGCCAGACACUGAGUCAACAGACACCUACUUGUGACUUGAGUGAAUGAUGGUUGGGAAAGUAGAUUAAAGAGCAGAUGGAUGUAUUUGGAGGCGAGUGUAGAGUGCUAUACUGCUAAGGGUUAGAGGGGUUAGAAUGAUGACUAUAUUCUAAUGCUGACGGGGGCCAAACUCCACUUGGAAGAUCAGAUUGUGGGUGUUGUUCAAUGCUUUCAAAUUGUCUGAACUGCAGGUUCAUGUUAAAAGUUCUCUUUUUGGUCUAGACAAAGCAAAUGGCCUUUUGUUGAUGGUUGUUGAAAGGAAAGUAGGUGGAGGGACAAGUGAAAUCAAAACCAGGAAGCAUCAAUCCUCCUAUGUUUAACACAGAUCUGCCAUAAAAGCCACUUUCUCCUUCUCCACUGUCUCCUUGGAGUGUGGACUGCAAGGCUAGACCUGUUGUCAGCCCUCCCUAUAGGGUCUGUCUUCCCCUCAUGGGGUAUUGGGCAACAUGGGAUGUGCUCUCUGUUUACAUGGAGAACAAUAGUAGUUCAAAUUUUAAUAAUCUUGUGCCCUGAAAUCAGCUAAUUUAAUCCUGUACACUCCACUGAGAGCAUAGAGAGCUCAUGACACACAAGCAUGUAACUGAAAAAGCUGCAAUUUCAAACCAGUUAUUUAUUCUCAAAAUUAAUAUAUAAUAAGCUUUUGGUUAUGGUUUACACUUUUUUAAUUGCUGCCUUAUCUGAGCAGCAUUGUUUUGUCAAACUUUUCAUUACAUUUUUUUAUUGUGAGGUUUAAUCAGUAUUAAACACUAAUUGGUGAAUUAUUUUAAGGUUAAUUCAAUGGAGGAUGCAAAUGUUUGUCCUGAUUUAUGCAUUUCAUUGAGAAUUGUACUGUAGUCCUGAAUAUGUAUGUGAAACUUUCCAUAACUGCUGUCUGUGCAUUACAUUGACAGGAUAUCAUGUGUUUUAAAGGGUAGUGUGUUUACACAUCAGUAGGUGGGGAUAAUGCCUAUCUCAGAAUUGAUGGGAGGCGCUACCAACCAACCUUGUUAGAAGUAUGGAUGUUUGAUUUUAGCCUAAAAUAAUAGAAAAUGCAAGGUUUCUCCCCAUACAGAGUGGUGAUUGAUUCGAUCCUCCAUUGUAGAUGCUGGGGGAGCUCAUACAAUUUAACUGUUGACGCCACCUCCCCGCUCCCCCCGCGCGCACACUCCAUUUGUAAGCACCCAUAUUUAUACUGUUAAUUUGGUUCACUGGUAAGGGGAGGGCUUGCAGGGGGUGGGUGUGCUGUGUGUCAUUUGGGGAGGGAGUCUCUCUUCAGUGUUUCACUUUAAAUGGGGAGGUGUCUGCAUGGAAUUGCUUAAGUCACUUCCCUGUUACUGUGCAGAAGCCCAGGCUGCUAGUUGUUCCCAUUUGCUUUUGAGGAUUGUCUGUGUAUGUGCACAGACUGAUCUAUCCGUUGGCACUACUGUUUUUAAAAAAAAAAGUCUGGCUUUAUGAUGAAAUUGAACAAUAAAAUUUAAUUAAAGGAA